GCAAACUCGAUUGGAUGUAAAUAAUUUUUUUAAAAGUUUGUUAAAAACAUGAUUUCUCAGUGAUUGCCAAGUUUUUAAUAGUGAAAAGCAAAUUAAAAUGGAUACGAGUGUUCAAUCUUCCAAUCGCAAGCAGUGUAGAGCCUGUUUAAGGCAAUAUGAGUCCAGAAAAGACUUGAUUUCUUUACAAUCUUUUGAUCAAAAUUCUCCAUCUUCGGCAAACAUCAGAUUUCAUGAUAUGCUCUCGAAUAUCAUGCAGCAAACUCUGCCGGAAAGUGAUAUGCUUCCAUCAAAAAUCUGCAUAAUGUGUCUUUCGUCGUUGCGAAUUUCAUACUACUUUCGUCUUGAGGUUGAAAAAUCACAAGAAACGCUUUCAAAAAAGCUCAUAUCAUCAAAUGUUCGAGUCACCAUCAAAGAAGAAAUUCCUGGAGUCAACAAUUUUCCAGUUAUUAUGCGUCCAAGACAUGUAGAAAAGGAUGCAUUUCAGACUUCAACUAUUAUGGACGAGGUCUUAAUGGACACUGAUGAUGAAAUAAUUGAUUAUGAGCCAGAUCUUGAUUCUGCAAUGGAUUUUAGUGAACAAGGCAGUCCAUCAAAAAGUUCAGACAUUCAUAAUGAGUCUGUAAGAAGCACUGACAAACUUAAUAUUAGCGUUGAAGGAUCAGAAAAUGGUAAUUUUGAUUGUCCAGAUUGCCAAAAGCAUUUCACUAGCAAUAAGGCCAUGCAAUGUCAUAAGCGGACAGUUCAUUCAUCAAAUAGUUGCGUAUAUUGUCAGAAAAAGUUUGGAAACAAACAACAAAUGAAACUGCACAUAAGAUUCAAGCAUCGAGACAGAUACAGCGAAUAUGUGGCUGAGAAUGACAAAGCUGAAAAUGAAAGUCACACAGGUCCUAUAGUUCUAGUCGAAAGACUUGAGAAAUUCAAUGAAUGCUCAACAUGCGAUCUUAAAUUUACAAAUAAACUUGCCCUUGUUAAGCAUCAUGCUGAAUGCGAUAGUAAGUGCAUUGACUGUGGCUUGAAAAUUCCACGAAAAGAUUUCUAUUUCAAGCAUUUAGAAAUUGUUCAUAACUAUCCAUGUAUUGACUUAGCAGGAUAUGAAUGUCCUUUCUGCAUGAAUUUAUUCCGUACCGAAAAAGUAUUACAAGAACAUAUCCAACGCUUACAUCCAGACGAAAAUCAAUCAAAUGUUGAUACAGUCAGUGAAGCUGGAGAGAGCACUAGCACAGAUGGAAUUACUUUACAUCAAUGUACAAUCUGCUCUCAAAGUUUCCAGUCAUCAAGAAGUUUAAAGCAACAUACAACAAUUAAGCAUAAAGAUUUGUCGCGUGAUGCCAGCGUAAAUUUGGGCAUUGAUAUGAAAUUGAGCAGCAAUGUCCGCAGAUAUACAAAAGAUGAAUUUUUCGAAAAAUUUAUUGUCAAGAAAUCAAAUGAUUUUUAUCGCUGUAUUCCGUGUCGAAAGGAUAUUUAUAAACGAUCAAUUAUGCUCCAUGCUAAGAGUAAACAUGCUGCCAUUAGAUGUCAUCGAUGUGAAUUAUGUAGCGAAGCAUUCUUUAGAACUGAUUAUCGUUUAAGACAUUUCUCAAUGGCCCAUCCAAAUGAUUAUAAAUGUGUUGAGUGUGAUACACAGUUUGAUCGAGCAUAUAAAUAUGAAGCACAUAUGACACAACACGGAACAAUACAAAACAUUUUAAAACCAGAAGAAGGAAGCGAUCGUUUUGAUUUAUCUCCACAUAAUAUUCUCUAUAUUGAAGAUUCAUCUACUUAUGACUACAGUAACGACGAUUUAUUGAUUAAUGCAAGCAAUUCAAAACCAAUUGAAUCUAAUGAUGAGGUAGUUCCACUGUCCAAAGAUGAUUUUUGUGAGAAAUACACGGUUACAGUAUCUGAUAAAAAUGUCAAGUGUAACAUUUGCAAUGUAGAAAUGCUUAAAAAUAGCGUUGUUUCUCAUCUCCUAUGGAAGCAUGCAUUAAUUAAGCCACUAAAGUGUUCAUUCUGCAAUGAUCGAGUUGUUAAAAAUAAUGCUCGAUUAGCUCACAUGGCACGUUGUCAUCCAAAUGAGUACAAAUGUUUUGAAUGCAAUCUGCAAUUUGCAAAACAUUAUUUGUAUGCUGAUCAUUUAACAGAAUUUCAUCAAAAUAGACCUUUAACAGGUAAAUCAACAGGCGAAGAAGACGAUCUUCAUAUCAAUGACAUGCGAUUUGUUAGUAACAAAAAUGACGACGAAGUUAUUGAAGAAUCAGACAAUUUAAAUAUUGAAACGAGUAUAAUUCCAAGUGUUCCUGAAAAAACAAUAAACUGUCAAUUCUGUCCAAAAAAAUUCACAUCAACCAAGAACUUACAGAUUCACAAGAGCCAUAAGCAUAGAAGUGAAUAUGCAGAAGUGUAUCCUGUACAAGACACUCUGACAGAUCCAAUGGAGCCUAUAUCAUUUGAUGAGUUUAAACAAAACUGGGUCGAGUUUCUCAAUGAAAAUGAUUUGAAAUGUCUAGUUUGUGAGCAAGUUAUGAGAAGAAAGAACUUCUCGACUCAUGUCAAGUCUAAGCAUUGUGUCAGCGGUGCAUAUUUGUGUGCAUUAUGUCCAGAAAGUUUUUAUAGACCAGAACAAAGAAUUCAACACAUGAGUCAAAAUCACCGUGGCAUUUUCUAUUGUACUUCAUGCAAUAUCCAAUUUUAUAGAAAUUCUCGUUAUGCUAAGCACAUGAAUGAUCUUCAUGGAAUUGAAAUCGAUAAUUAUGACAGUUAUGAAGUGGAUUUAGGUCUAGAAGAAUUAAAAUUUGUGCCAUUUGUUCAGAGAAUUUCAGAAGAUGAUCAACUGUCAAUCACAUCAUCUACAGUAAAUGAACCAGAUCCAAUGGAAGGAAUGAUGCAAUUAUUGUCUACAUCAGAAGAAAUGACUCGAAACGAAUUUAUGAGCAGAUAUAUUAAAGUGAUGGGAAAAGAAAGACACUGCUUAGCGUGUGAUCAAAUGUUUUAUCACUCAUCAAUAUAUCAUCAUCUUAUUCAUUUACAUUCAACAGUUUUGCCAUUUAAGUGUCCAUUCUGUGAUGUUCGCUUUGAAAGAACUGUACAACGAUCAAGACAUCUCCAAAUUUUCCAUCCUGAUGAUUAUAAAUGCAAUGAAUGUGGUCUACAAUUUCCUAAGCAUAUAAAGUAUAGUGAGCAUAUGUCACAUGAACAUAACAUUAUCGUGACUACAACAAAGAGUCCUUUAGAAGUUAGAGAUCUGUCAUCAUUGGAUUUAAAAUAUGUAGCUCAAAAAUCGAUGGAGGAAGGACUGUGGCAAGACGAUGAAAGCUCAUAUGCUAAUUCCACUGCAUUUUCUAAUGAACAUCAAGAUGAAUCUAAUAAUACAAACACUACACAUAUGAAUUUAAAAACUGAUCACGAUGAAAAUCCCACAAUUUCAUAUGUCGAAGAUGAUCAAUUAGUAGAAAUUCCAGCACCAACUAAUGUUUCAGCACCAGCAUUAGACGAUGAAUUACCAUAUUCAGAUUUUAAGGCAAAAUAUCUUAAAAAUAUUGAUGGCGCUUCUGCAAAAUGUGAAGCUUGUAAUCGUAUAAUUUUAAAAACAUCAGUUUGUGCUCAUAUGCGAUUAUGGCAUGCAACAGCAAUGUUAUAUAACUGUGAAUUAUGUCCAAUUGGUUUUCGCAGAAGUGAUUAUCGAACCCGUCAUAUGGGUUUUGCACAUCCAGAAAGUUAUAAGUGUUCAGAGUGCAAUCUCCAAUUAUAUUAUUCAGCAAUGUAUAAAGAACAUUUAUGGAGCACACAUAAAAUUAAAAUUGAUGUUCCAAUUUUGAAGCAUAAGGACGACAUAGACGUUCCUCUUGAGAAUAUGAAAUUUGCCCCAUACGUUCCAGAAGAGCUUCGACUUCAUCAAGAUGAAUCGGGCAAUAAAAAAGGUGGUGCUCGAAGAAGAAACUCGCUUUGCAUUGAAGUACCGACAACAAGUAAAGGAAACGCUGAGGAUGGAUAUACUUAUAAAGAAUUUUACAAUAAAUUCAUUGAGCCCAGAGGUGAAGUGUCAAAAUGUACAGCUUGUGGCAAAAUUUUCUCUAAAUUGUCAAUCAAAAAACAUGCCAAACGCGAACAUUGUACUAGAAAACCUUUUAACUGCCAACUUUGUGAUGAAGGAUUUUUGAGAAUUGAUGAUCGACUUAGUCACAUGAAAAAACAACAUCCGGAUUCAUUCAAAUGUCUCAUUUGUGAUGUUCAAUUUUAUUUGUCCACAAGAUAUAUUGAUCACAUGUUAAAUGAACACAGUAUGACUCUGAACAUUGCAUCCAACAAGUCAGAAUAUGAAGUAGACAUCCCAUUCGAUAAAUUGCGUUUUAAGCCUAACAUUAACAACAGUAAUAACGAUCAAAACGGCACUGGAAGUAACAUCAACAAGUCAUCCGAUGGAGGAAUGUCGAGAGAUGAUUUUACAAGUAAAUAUUUAAGUAGAUUCCAUAUUGACGGUGAAUUACACAUGCAAUGUUCUGCAUGCAAUAAACCUUUCGCAUCUAAACAGAAACGAUUCCAUUUAUUGCAACAUCAUGCGAAAUUACGACCUUUUGGAUGUGAACUUUGUGACUCAAGAUUCUUAUCGAAUUUUAAGCGAAUCAAACAUAUGGAAUUCCAUCAUCCAAACGAUUUUAAAUGCCAAAUUUGUAACAAGCAGUUUGAAAAAUCGGAAAUUUAUGCGAGUCAUAUGCAGGAUGAACAUGUAAUAACUAUUAAAGUUAAUUCUAAUAUUGAUGUAGAUAUAAAUGGAGAUGAUAUGCUUUACUAUGAAAAAGUAGAUAGAACGAAAACAAGUCUGGCGAAUGUUACAUCCAAUAAUAGUCUGGAUGAAUCUGACAAUUCUUCAUUUAAUCUAAUUGAAACUCUCCAUUGCGAUGUCUGUAAAAUUGAUUGUGACUCGUCAAGAAGUUAUCGACAGCACAUGAGAGAACAUGGUGGUGGAGUUGAUUCCACAAUUCAAAAAGAUGAAAUUAAGAUUGAAAAUAAAGUAGAAAAGCCAGUUGUUCCUGAACAAAUGUACCCUUGUGACUUGUGUGAUAAGCAACUGUCGAGUAUUUUAGCCAGAAAUGCUCACAAGAAAUUCAAACAUGGAGUUUUUAAGGAUAAGCAAACCGCACCGAGUCAAAAAAUGGAAAUUAUUUGUGAAAUUUGCGAGUUUACAUCCUACAGAAGAGAUUAUCUUGAGCAUCAUAUGAAGCAAAAGCAUAGAGGAGAAUUUAAAUGCGAACAUUGUAAACGCGCUUUGAGCAGUUUCAACUAUUAUGCUUAUCACAUGGAAACAAAUCAUUUCACUAAACCAGACUUGUCUAAACUCUUCAAAUGCUCAGACUGCGACAGCUAUUUUAAAUUUGAAGAUAAUCUGCAAAAACAUAAGAGAUUAUAUCAUGGAGAAAAUCCACCACAAAGAAGUCAUUUAUGUAAACUUUGUACGAUGAAUUUCCGUGCUCAAUCACAUCUAACAACUCACUUAGAAACUUAUACACACAAAAAUUUGAUAAACUUCUUUAAUGGCACAUUCUCAAGUACCAGCAAACGUGUCAAAGAUGAGCCAUGUGAGAGAACUGUCUUGGAAAAUCUUUCCGACCAAAAUGAUGAUAAGAAAUUGACACAAAAUGAUAACGAGGAACCGAAAGCAAAACGUAUAAAAUUGGCAACAGAUGAAUCGAUUACUGAAAAUGAUAAGCUAGAGUACUUAAAGUAUUUACAGACCACAGAAUCUGGUCACUAUAAAUGUGGUAUAUGUGGAAAGGUAAAAAAUCUUCGAAAAUACAUGCUACAUCACUUAAAGCAGCAUAAGGAAGUGCCUACUUAUGAUUGCGAUAAAUGUCCUGAACGUUUUGUAUUUAAAACAAAGUUUGAUAAGCACGUGGAACUACAUGAAAAUGGAAGUAUCAUAGCAAUGAAUGGCAACAAUGAAUCUAAAAAUAACAAACUAGCAGGAAAUAGUAAAGUUAUUGAGUCAAAAGAAGCUGUGAUCGAAGAAGAGCAUCCAAAGUUCCAGGAAAUGAAGAAAAAUCCACCGGAAAUAAAGUGUAAAGUUUGUAAUGUCUCAUUCAAGCUGACAAUAAUGUUAAAUAAGCACAACUCGACAUGGCAUUCAGAUAGUAAUCCAUUUAAAGAAUUAACAAUGAGUGAUCAGAAACAUAAGAAAAGCAAUGAAAUAGUUCCAACAAUAAAAUUCCUACGUUGCGAGCAUUGCAGAGAUGCUUUUACAAAGCAAGAGGAGCUAGAUAAUCAUAUAAAAACUGCACAUAAUAAAAUUAUUGAUGACGACGAUGAGGAAGAUAUGGAUGUAGAAGUAACUUCUAAUUUUAGCUGUGAAAGAUGUCCAUUAAAAUUCCAAAACAUCAAAUUUCUCGAGAAUCACCAAAAGUUCUUCUGUAUCCAUCGUAAUCAACCCAAAUUGGUUAAUGAACAAUAAAAUAAUUAAGCAUAUAUUAUCUCAUAAAACUUGAUGUAAACUGAAAAUAACUUGAAAUAAAAUAUUGUGAAUUUAAUUUGUGUUGUAGAUUAA